GGGCAGGUGCUGAUUUCAGCCCUGUAGCGUCAGGAUUGCGUCAAUUCGGGUUUCAGCCACGUCUAGAGUCUGGGGAGACAGCUUCUCAGAAGAGCCAAAACAGGAACAAGGGUGUCAAAUCACUGUGCGAGGGCGAGUGGACCUCCCUCUUUGCCUCCUCACUGUUCCAGGCGCAGGUCCCCUGAGCUGUGCGUUGUUGUUUUCAGCACUCGGGAAAGCCGGCGGCUUCGCGUCCUGGCAAGUGCAUCAAGCUGGGGAGUUUUCCGUUCAGCACCUCGGACAGAGUACGCAGCAAAAAAUGGCUCCGAUCACUACCACCCGGGAAGAAUUUGAUGAAAUCCCCACAGUGGUGGGUAUCUUCAGUGCAUUUGGCCUGGUCUUCACUGUUUCUCUGUUUGCAUGGAUCUGCUGUCAGAGAAAAUCAUCCAAGUCUAACAAGACUCCUCCGUACAAGUUUGUGCAUGUGCUUAAGGGAGUUGAUAUUUACCCAGAAAACCUAAAUAGCAAAAAGAAGUUUGGAGCAGAUGACAAAAAUGAAGUAAAAAAUAAACCAGCUGUGCCAAAGAAUUCAUUGCAUCUCGAUCUUGAAAAGAGAGAUCUCAAUGGCAAUUUUCCCAAAACAAAUCUCAAAGCUGGCAGCUCUUCUGAUCUGGAGAAUGUGACCUCCAAGGUCUUUUCAGAAGGGGAGAAAGAAGCAAUGUCCCCUGAUAGCUUGAAGUCCAGCACUUCCCUGUCUUCUGAAGAGAAACAAGAGAAGCUGGGAACUCUCUUUUUCUCCUUAGAGUACAAUUUCGAGAAGAAAGCGUUUGUAGUAAAUAUCAAGGAAGCACGUGGUUUGCCGGCCAUGGAUGAGCAGUCAAUGACCUCUGACCCAUACAUCAAAAUGACGAUCCUUCCAGAGAAGAAGCAUAAAGUGAAAACCAGAGUCCUAAGAAAGACCUUGGACCCAGCUUUUGAUGAGACCUUUACGUUCUAUGGCAUUCCCUACACCCAGAUUCAAGAGUUGGCCCUAAACUUCACAAUCUUGAGUUUUGACAGGUUUUCAAGAGAUGAUAUCAUUGGAGAAGUCCUUAUUCCUCUCUCAGGAAUUGAAUUAUCUAAUGGAAAAAUGUUAAUGAACAGAGAGAUUAUCAAGAGAAAUGUUAGGAAGUCUUCAGGACGGGGUGAACUACUGAUCUCUCUCUGCUACCAGUCUACCACAAAUACUCUCACGGUGGUUGUUUUAAAAGCCCGGCACCUACCUAAAUCUGAUGUUUCUGGACUUUCAGAUCCCUAUGUCAAAGUGAACCUGUACCAUGCCAAAAAGAGGAUCUCCAAAAAGAAGACUCACGUGAAGAAAUGUACCCCCAAUGCAGUAUUCAAUGAACUGUUUGUCUUUGAUAUUCCUUGUGAGGGUCUUGAGGAGAUAAGUGUUGAAUUUCUGGUUUUGGAUUCUGAAAGGGGAGCCCGAAAUGAGGUAAUUGGUCGGUUGGUCCUGGGAGCAGCAGCAGAAGGAACCGGUGGAGAGCACUGGAAGGAGAUCUGUGACUAUCCCAGGAGACAAAUCGCCAAAUGGCAUAUGCUCUGUGAUGGUUAGCAUCCUAGCUGUAAGUUGGAACUUAUAUGAUUUUUACUAGGCAAGGAGCAAUUUUCUUUCUUUGUGAUAUGUAACUGUAAGCUUGUGACCACAAGCUACCUUUUUAGUUAGAGAUGAAAUGAAUUAGCAGAUCAGAAAGUAACUGUAAAGUUGUAUUAUGAUAAUUUCCCCCUUUAUCUAGAGAAAUUGGAUAAAUUUUCUGAAGAUGUUAAAUCUUUUCUGAAGGGUAACGAUAUAAAUAAGAGAAGUCAAUCACUUUAUGAACACGGCACCAUAAUCUCAGAUUAUGGGUGUGGUUUGGAAGGUGACGACCUCAUUGGAAUAUGUCACUGGAAGUUAAUGUGAUUGUUAGGAUUUAGAAAUUAAAAGCAUGCUUUCCCCUUAUGAAAAUUCAUCCAUUUUCUUCAGGUUGGGAAAUCAGUUUUCUUUAAAUCCAAAGAUAUUGCAGAAAUGUUCUCUAGUUUGCUUUUCAUUAAUUAUGUCAUGUGCAAAUGGUUGUCCUGCAUACAAAAAUAUGUGGUCAUUUCUCUUUGGUUUGCAAUUGUUUGAUACAAUUCUAUCAUAAGAGGAGUAACUUAGGUUCAUUUUUAAAGGAUAGUGACCAAGCUGAAAAACCAUUUUAUCAAAGGGCUUAAUUGAAAACACUGUAGCUGAAAUAUGACUUUUUUUCCUCUUAAUGUUACCUGUGAGUCAAAACAUUGUAAAAUAUAAUCUCACAUAAAAAGCAUAAUCUUGAAUUAUUUACUGUCUUUCAUAAGCCUCAUGUGGCCUAAGAAACCCCUAUUUACCUUUGUGAAGUUGUCGACUUAGCUAAUGGAUAAAGAAUAAACUUCAGUUAGAAUUCAGUUAAAAAUACAGUUUUCUUGUUGGAAAUAUGUACAAUGUGCAGGUGUUCUUUCAGAGUCAUCCUUUGUACCCAGAGAUGGCAUUGCUAACUAAGUCUUCAUUUAGCUUGUUCUCCCUGACAAAUGACUAAGCUAUUUGGAAAUGAAAUAAAAUAAAAUAAAAAGACUGUGAAGUUUUAACCAUUUCCAGAUAGAAAGUGUUACAUAAAACCAACAAACUAAGUGUUAAGACUAAAAAAUAGUUAAAACAGCAAGCCUAAUAUAAUUUACAUAUGUUCGCACACAUAUAUUUAGGCUGUCAAAUUAGCACAACAAAGUAUGUGUUUCCUAUCUUUUCUAGGCUAAUUUGUCUUGAGCUGUUGUCUGUGGAACAGUUUAUAGACUUGUAUCUUGUACCAUUUUUCAGUGUCAGGGUUCUGAAAUUCAUUUAAAAACUUUUAGAGUAAAGCAGUGCCAUGUGAUUAUUUGGAAAGAAUUAACUUAAGGGUAACUUCACUAUAUUUGAGUUUUUAGAGAAAUAGUGUGAAAUUCGGGUAGAGGUGAAUUAUUAAAUAUGCAAGUUAGAAAUAGUCUUCUGAAAAAUUUACAUUUUUGAGUCUUUCAGGUUUUGUGUCAGUACUUUAGCAGUUUUUGAGAAUGUGUUUGAUAUGACAGUGUUUGUAAAAUUCUAUGAAAAUGCAUUUUCAAAACAACUUAUACAUGCUUUUUAUGACUGCCUAAUGUAAAAAAAAAUGUAUUACAUUCCAUAUGUACAAAGAUGAAAAAAAUCAACCUCUUCUUUUUUGUGCUUUAAGCUGACUUUGGGGUUAAAAAGAAAAAAAAAUACAUCUCUAUCACUGUCUUCAUCCCUCCACAAAAUCACCUCAAACAUCUUGGUCCGCUCAGCAUUUCUGUGAAAGCAACAGGAAGCAAGUUGUAGCUAGUUUGUGGUUUGGAGAAGUCAGGUGGCCUUUUUAUUUAUGUAUAUUUUGAUAUCUAAGGCCAUUAAAUAGAAUUUAUUCUGAAGCUCUGCAAGAUGGUAAGUGAGGAAUCAGACGUUAAUGGUGUUAUCAACUUAAGAAUGGUUGUUGGAGAAUUGUGUGAAUUUUUCUUUAAGUGGAACAACAAAACCAACAACAAAUAAUAAAUUUUAAAAUUACAAUGGAUAAUUUGUAAAUAGUUUUUAUUUUAGCUUUUAAAUUUUAAGGUGUUUUUGAGUGUGAAAAGUCGAGUAAACUAUUUGCAACUGGUUUUAAGAAAAAAAAAGAUGAAAAACAAGAAAGGAAACAGGCAGGGACAUAUGUGAUCCCAUCAUCUUCUAAAAUUUUUACCGUUUUAUAAUGUAUUUACAAUGUUAAUGUGGGUAUCUUGAUCUGUUACAAAUCCUGCACUGUAAUAAACAUGUAAAUUAAUUGUUUGUCUGAUUAGCCAAUCUAAACACCCCACUGGGGCAGCAUCCAUAUUUGAAAAACUGUGUAACUCAGUAACUGACUUGUUCUGUUGUCGUAACUUAAUAGAAGUGAUUUGGAAGGAAGCAUGGUGUGUGAGACGGUGUCUGUUCUUUCGUGACAGCUCUGUAUGGUAUUUGUAAGACCAUGUUUGUAAGACAUGAAUAAAUUGCUGCUUUUGUCCAA